CUCUGAAGCUAAAAAACUGAUCGGCAGCACUAGCUGUCCAAAAUAAAUCUUCUGAAAGGCAGUCCAUUCCGUUCGGUGACUUGAAUCUCUGGCCACGAAACACCUAAAACAUUUAUCCUCUCCAUCAUAAUUCACUCCUUAAGUCACAACUGCCCACACCAAAUGAUCAAUAAGUCUCUUAGAGCAAGGAGUCAUCCAGAAAGAGUCCUCAAACAUGUGUGUUCUCUGUGAGAUAUUUCCUGUCCAAAAUCCAGUUUAAAAAAAAAACCGCAAUCCAAACCUGAAUCGUCAUGGACUUUGUGACCUUGCUCUUGGAUCGAGUGGAACAAAGACGGCAAAAUUCGGCGGAACUGCUCCAUCUGGUCAUCCAGGAUUGGAUCGUGUUCCAACGGUGUACUUUUGAUUAUGUGGACGAGCACGAUGAUCCAUACAUUAGUCAGAUAUUCCUGAUAGAGAUCUGCACAGGGCGAUACAUACAUCGAGCACAGGGCGUGAAAAUCGAUCAUGGAACAGUUCCUGACCCGGAUUUGUUGGCAUCCAAAUUAAUUGAGGCAUUGCUGGGAUCCAAAGCUUGUCAAGGAUUACCUUUUCAGCAUGUUAUGACCCAUGGCCAUCUAAAAACCUUGGAAUAUCCUUUUCCCAGGCAAGUAUCCAAGGAUUGCCAGAUUGUCUUUGAAGUGUGUAAGGUUGAAACGGAUGGGGACAAAGUGUCUAGAUGGACUUGUCCACCAUGUCUUAGAGUUGGUCAAGACAUAACCCACGCCAAAAGUGAAACCUUCCAUAAUAUUCCAUUGGAGGAUCUGUAUCCAAAGAUUGAAGAGGAGGAUGGGGAUCAUAAUCAAGACGCAGACUCGAUCUCUGCGGGCAUAUUUGAUGAUCCAGAGCCUUUGGAAAGUGAUGAUGACAUGGAUUUCAAUUUGUCAGAAGAUCUCACUGAGGAAGAAGACCAUAUCCCGAGAAAGAAGAGAACUGUACCAAGUCAACGAGCCAAAAAAAGUUCCAAAGCUCGAGCAAAAUCAAGAAAGACCUCAUCGCUCAAACUCGCCAAUGACGUAGUUCUUGAGGAUGAUUCCAUGUCCUCAAGCAAGAAGGAAGUCAAAUGCAACCAUUGUUCGAAAGUAUUUCCUUCAAUUCGAUAUUAUCGUCGACAUCAGCGUGAGAAACGAAAGUUGUCCUGUAAAGCGUGUGACCAGGAGGUGGUCACAUUCUUUGAUUUGAAGAAACAUAUCGCCAUCAAGCACCCGCAAUUGCUGGAUGCCCCAUAUCAGUCACUUUGGCAAAAUGACGAGGAGGUAAGGACCAUGAAACAGCCCAAAUUGUGCUUCAUGUGUGAUCGAGUCUUCAACGGCAAUGUGCUACUCCAUGGUCACAAAGAGCUUUAUCAUGAAUUGGGCGAGUACAAAUGUGAUGAAUGUCAAGUGCCGUGUCUCACCUUCUACGAUCUCAUAAUACAUAACUACCAGCAGCACUCCAAAGUCCUCCCUCAUGUUCCACCUCACAAGCAAGGCUUGGAGGCCAUCACCCAUGACGAUGGGAAAAUCGAGUUCAAACGGACCAAGUACGUUUGCCAAUUAUGUCCAGCUAUGUUCAAAUGUGAUACGGGAUACACCAGCCAUUUAAGGAGACGCCAUGCCUGGGGUUUGUUCGAUUGUCAGUCCUGCGAUGAAGUGGGCCAUUUUGCCAAGGAUAUUUCAGUCCACAUGAGCACCUUCCAUCCUGACAAUCCCGAAGUCAAAUGCCCCAAUUGCUCAUUGAUGGUUAGUCUGAAAGAUAACCCCAAUGGCUUCCUUCACCAUUAUGAGGAUCCCAAGCACGUGGGCUCAGAGGCAGCAAGUUGGGGCAAUUGCCAUAAACUCUCCUUGCAGUGCCAUUACUGUGGGAAGAAAUAUGCCAGUCGGUUGAAUUUCUUGGACCACGUGAAACUGCAUGAAGGAAUUGAACGCUUCAAAUGUUCCUUUUGCCACUACGGCACCAACAAUAAGAACGUUCUCUUGACUCAUGAGAAAUCUCACCUUCGGGAACGUGGUCUCACCAAUGAGGACACGAAUCUCAAAUUGUAUUACGAUUGUGACCAAUGCGGCAAAUCCUUCACCUCUAGUGUAGGUGUCCGAAAGCACAAACGCACCGUCCACGAGGGUAUCAAAAAGAAAGAUGUGUGCAAAGAUUGCGGUGAUGUGUUCACAAAUUCCCAGGCCUAUUAUAGACAUCGACGUGAAGCGCAUGGACACGUGACAAAGGUGCGGAAAACGGGACGAAAACCCCUUGAUUAACGCUCAAAAUGGAAAAAAAUAUACCCAGACUUGUUUAUGUA